CAAGCUUGCGUUUUCAUGGCGUGUCCUUCGCUUUUACAAUCCACAGCGUUGUCGUUCCACGGCCUUGCACCGCCAUUGUGUCCGCCUGCCGUACGUAACCCCAUAAAUGGGUACGGCGGCGUCGUUUCGGUGAGGGCAACGGGAGAGAUUGUGUUGGUGGAGAAAUCGGAAGCCGAAAAACCUUAUCGUCUAAAAGCUAAUUACCUAGAGAAAAUAGUCCCUUUGCUUAAAGAAGAGUUCAACUACACCAACAUUCACCAGGUUCCAAAGAUUGAAAAAAUAGUGGUGAAUUGUGGGAUUGGAGAUGCUGCCCAGAACAAGAAAGGUUUGGAUUCGGCAAUGAAUGAGAUGGCACUGAUAACGGGGCAAAGACCUGUGAAGACACGAGCCAGGAACUCUAUUGCUACUUUCAAGAUACGUGAAGGUCAGCCACUUGGAAUUGCCGUUACACUUAGAGGAAAUGUUAUGUACUCAUUCCUAGAUCGGCUCAUUAACUUGGGGCUUCCUAGGACUAGGGAUUUCCAAGGUUUAAACCCUAAUAGCUUUGAUGGACAUGGAAACUUUAGUAUAGGAAUUCGUGAACAGAGUGUGUUCCCUGAGAUCAGGUUUGAUGCACUUGAUAAACCCAGAGGAAUGGACGUUUGCAUCACGACAACGGCCAAGUCUGAUAAGGAAGGCCUGAAGCUAUUGGCCCUAAUGGGUAUGCCUUUUAGAGAAGGUGGUGGUGGUGGUGGUGGUAGUGCUGCAGCAGCCCAACAACGCAAGAAGAAGCUCAAGUCUCACCAUUUCGAUAAGAAGGGUGGCAAGGGUGCACGGAAAUGAGAGCUUUCUCCUGCUAAAGGGAAAAAGUAUCUUUGAACCAUUUUGUUGUUAUUUUCAUGGCAUAAUUUUAUGGAGAAAUUCCAUAAAGAUUGAUGUUAAAUUCCGGUGAUUUGGUUGUAUUACAUUAUUGCAUAGGUAGUCGCAGCUGGGGAUUUGAUUCUCUGGUCUAAACCUCUUAAUCCAAUGUAGAAGGGUUUAUUCUCAAA